AUGAUUCGGGAGGUGCUCCAGGAGUUGUUGAACGGGGACCUCAAGAGCAUGAUCACGGGGCUGCUUGUGGGAAGGCAGCCUGGCACGUCGCGACCGUCUUUGGCGACACCCCCUGCCGGUGAGGUGGACGAGGACAAGAACGGCGGCAAGGGCGAGCGCUGGAAGAAGCGCCGAAAGCUGGAGGAGAUGGCCGGCAAAGGUCAUGAUGCGAGCACGGCGCCGGCCAAGGGCAAAGGCGCCGAUGGCAAGGGCAAGAACAACAGUGGUGAGCCUGCGCAAGAACCACACCACAAUGGCGAGAAGGCGGCCGGCAAGGGCAAGAGUGGUGGUGCUGAUCAGCUGGCGGGCAAAGGCAAGAGCGAUGGCAAUGCUCUUGGCGGUGCCACGGGCAAGCCUGACAAUGCUGAAGCUGAGUGGACAGUUGUGGGACGUCGCGGUGGUGGUGAUUGGAAGCUGCGAGCUGCUGAUUGGUCCGACCCGAUCCUCUCCUACGAGGAGCUGGUGCGGCUGGCAGCCGAGGCCACUGCUGUGGUUCGUGCUGUGGCGAUGGUGAACGAGGAGCAGCGGGACACCCUGUGUGCUUUGUUUCGUGGAAGUGGCAAGGGUCAUGCGCUGCUGUUGGUCGAGCCGCGCCAGGCUCCUGAUUCCGAGCGGUGCCCGGGGACCAUUGGGGGCAAGCUGGUUUUCAAGCCGGUGAUCUUCACGAGGGCCUGCUCGUCUGGAGUUGACCCUCCGCGGCCUAAGGUGAAGGCGGCGGGCUGCAAAGUCGAGAUCCAGCGCAGCUCCGUGAUCUUCGUGCGCUUCGUCCAGCGCUACAUGGACAAGGAGGCGUGGGGUGCGGCACUGAAGCUUAAGGCAAUGGACACGUGGGGCUGGGCAGUUGAGCCUGGUCCGGGCGGUGAUGGGCAGCAGGUUUUCGGCAAGUGCCGGCUUGCUGAUGGCGAUGUGGCCGGGCUUUUGGCUACGAGCGGCAGUGGUGCCUUCUUUGAUCCCAGCCGGGGCUUCCACAUGGGGCCGGUGGUGACGGAAUGGCAGCAGCAGCAGGAUCGUGAAAGCAACGCCGCUUACCUGGCUCGCUGCCUGACGCUCCCUGCGGAUUACGGUUUGGUGGUGGGCCGCAAGCAGCUGGGCAAACGCAUGAAGCACGAUGCAGGUGUUCCUGUUCAAAGGCUCUGGCUUGCCGAGGGUGUCCCUAGUGUUGUCACCGCGGACCAGCUUAGCACAGUCCUUGGGACGUUCUUUGAGGAGGUUGAGAUGAUUCACCAACGACGGCGCGGAGGCUGCAACAACUUCACCUUCCGCGCGAAGACGGCUGAGCAGGCCGACUCCAUGGUGGUGCCACUGGAUUACGGCGAUGAGAGCAUCACUUUGUGGGUUCGGCAUGCCCCUCCUCGAGAUCCGCACUUCCGGGGCCUGGUCUCUUUUGGGGCCGCGGGCCAAAUGGACCACGGAGAAUUAUUGAAUGUGACGGUCGAGCUGGAUGGCGAGAAGGAUGGUGAGGCCGAGGCCCCGACCACCAAUGCCGAGGACGCCGGCAAUGAUGCGACCAUGCAGCAGCCGGCUAAUGCUGGUGAGGCGGCCGGCAAGGGGGAUCACAAGCGUGGCAGUGAGGCGGCGGGUCCAGCAGCCAAGCGUGUUAUCAAUGUUCAGCGCCGUUUGCCGGAAGGUGCCACCGUGACUAAGAUCGCCAAGGAUGGAAAUUGUCUGUUCUCGGCCAUCGCGAUGGGGGUCCACAAGCUGAAUCCAGCGAUCCCACAGGUCUCUGCUGCGGAGGCUCGGGCAAAGAUCGCAGUGCAUUUGCGGCGCAAUGCGGACCGCUAUGAGCGGGACUGGGACCGGGAAUUGCCCAACAAGGCCCAGGCCAAAGAUUGGGAGGAGUAUGUGAAGGCCAUCGAGGUCGAUGCGGUUUGGGGCGGAUUGACCGAGAUUCGUGCGGCAUGUCGCAUAUGGGACAUUAGAUGUAUCAUCUUCCCCACAUGUGAAACGAUAGAGCCUUUUCAUGUCCACGGACAAGCGAAAAAGCGCGUGGUGGCGCUCCAAUUCUCAGGCAGCCACUAUGACCUCAUAGAAGGAGACAAUGGAUCUUUACCCAAGGCUCUGCUGAGUGUGAAGGGUGCUCCUGAGGCCGUUCCCAUGCGCGGCGGCGGCCGUGAUCCUGAUGGAGCCUUUGUUGAUGGGGCGGGCGGCUUCUGCGACCUCCAAGCGGGCGGCUACGGUGGCCUCUGGGCGGGCGCCUUCGGUGACUUCUCUGCGGACUGCUUCGGCGACUUCCAAGCGGGCGUCUUCGGCGCCUUCGCGGCGGGCCACUUCAGCUGCCUCGGUUUGGACGCGCGCUUCGGGGGUACGCUGUGGGAUGCGUACCUCGGUUGCCUCUUCUUCCGAUUACCCGAUUCGGGACCUUUUCGACCUGAUGAGCCUGCUGAUUGGCGCUGCCCCAUGGCUGGUUGCAGCGCUGGAGUGCCAGCCGGCUUCAAAGCAAAGGUCUCGAAGGCUGUCUUUGCAGAAGUGAGGGGCGAGCAUCGGCGCCGCUCGCACCGGCAUCUGACCCGGGCGGCCUACGCUGCGCGAUUGAGGGCUGCCGCGCACUGCAAGCCGGCCGAGAGGAUGCGCUGCCGAGUGAGCAUGCUCAACCGCUUUCGAGCUCAGCAUGCGCACAGUGUGAAGGCCGGCGCCCGGCCCUCCUCCAGUGACUUUGUUGCCUUCACGUGGCCGCUGCUGCUACGCAGGAAGACCUCCAAGAAACACAGCGUGUUGCGCCUUACCCUGGCUUCUGCUUGGAGGUUGGCCGCCACCUUUGCCCACGGGGUCGAUCCCAUUGUCCUGGAUCGGGCCUUCGACUCCGCUUUGGUCCAUCUCCUCGGGGAGCUCUUUCGUGGCCCUCGAGCUUGUGAAAUCUUGGCGGUGCAAGAGCUGGAGUUGAGAGUGGAGUCGCUCGCGAGCUUUGUGGCGACUCUACGUCAGUACAGCGUGCAUGUUUUUCCCGGUGAACCUACGGGUGGUGUGUAUAGGUGUGCCAUCCUCACCACUCUGCCGUGCAAACCUGUGGCGAUUGAGGUUGUCUGCCCCUCUCGGGUUGCGUGUGCAGUUUUUGAGUUCCUGUGCAAUGGGGACUUUAUGAAAGUUUUGGUCGCCUCCUACUACGGCUGCCAGUCUGACAAGCAGAUUGCCGUGGACGGGGCGAUGGACCUUGCAUGUGCUCUUCGCGGCACGGCCUUUAACUGGGUGAUCCUUGGGGACUGUAACGUCGACCUGCUGGAGGAGCCCAUGAUCGGUGCUGUGGCGAAUGGUUUGGUGUGGCCUUGGGAUGACGUCUUCCAGCAUGAGGAGAUGCUCCCUGGUACCAAGGAGUCCGGACGACGGCUGGACUACGCGGUGGGCAAUGGCGCUCUCGUGCCCUCUUCGGUGCACCAAUGCUGGUGGCACUCUGACCAUGCUAUGGUGACCUAUGACGGGCCAUUCUCGGCCUUCCCGACGAAUGCCCUGGCUACCGGGCAAGUGGACGUGGCCUGGACUUUGUUGUCGGAUGCUGCUGAAGGAUUGCUUGCCGAGCCUGGUUCUGCUGGGGUGGCCCGCUCUUCUUCCUGGAAGCCGCGACCCCAACAACAUCCUCGGAGCAAGGCAGCCGGUGGGCGCGAGCCGCUCCUGGUGGUACAGCUCAAUAGGCUGUGGCGUCGACUUCUUCAGCUUCGCCGUCGGCCCAGUGACCAUCGCCUUCGAGAUCGUGUUUCUCGUCAGGCGUGUGACCUCUCUUCUCGUGCGCCUUGGCUUCGGGACCUUCCCUACUUCGAGGCCGAGGCUUGGUGCGACUGGAUGCGUGAGCAGAUCGACAAGGAGGAGAAGGCCCAGCAAGCUGCGGCCAUCAGUGCUUGGAGGCAGCGAUUGGACAAGGACCCAAAGGAGCUUGCCACCUGGAUCCGGCGGCGUGACCAACUUGGUGCUGAGCUUUCCCGACCGACCACUUGGAUGGCUCGAUGGGGCAAGGGGCAUGGCACUGGGCAGGUCGAGGCGAUCCUUCGACAGUUACCUCAGCUCCCGCAGUGCGAGUGGCGACCUGAGAUCACCGGUGACUCUCUUCUUCGAGCUGCGAAGACCAUGGUGACGAAGGCAGCGGGACCGGACGACUGGCCGGCCAAGGCUUGGCUCUGUUUGCCGCGACCUUUCUGGGAUGCGCUCUCGCAGUUGUGGCAAGCGGUCUUGCGAACCCACUGCAUUCCACAGCGCUGGCGUGAAGGGCGAGUUGCUCUGAUUGCCAAGCCGAGCGGCGGCCACAGACCUUUGACAGUGUUGGCUCUAGCCUGGCGGCUGGGGUCGAAGAUCCUGGUUCGCUGCCUGGACCGGUGGGUUGACGACUGGGCUGGGCACAGAGUCCUUGGAGGAGUGCAUCGCCGUGGGCUUUCUGAUGCCUUCAUGCGACUUCGUGCUUCUCUUUCGGAGCCUCGCUGCUAUGUGCAACAGGACCUCAGUCGCUUCUUUGACUCGAUCCACCUUUCGGACCUGCUGGCGACGAUGCGGCGCCUUGGUGCUCCUCAGGGUCUUUGUGGUUUGGUGAGCAGCUUCUAUGAGGACCAUCGCCGGGUUUUCUCCUCUGCGAAUGUGCUCGGUGGGGACUGGCAUCGUGUGCGGUGUGGGCUGGCUCAGGGGUGCCCUCUGUCACCGCUGUUGGCUGGCACUGUGAUGUGGGCUUGGCAUGAGUUCGUCGAGUCUGGCAGCCAUUCUGAGCUUUCGUCUUGCAGCUUUGUUGAUGACCGGCUGCUGUGGUCGCGCUCUGCUGAUGUUCUUCGCCGUGGCAAGUUGCGCAGUGAUGUGGUGGACGCCGCUUACGACUUCACUUGCGAUGUGGACAAGUGUCGCUUUGCUUUUCGUGGGGCCGACCCAGCUGCUUUGGCUCUGCGUGAUGAGCUCGGCUACGCUUCCUCUGAGGUGCUGGUGGUGCUCGGCUUGGUGGUCCCUCUGGAUCCGGCUACGGUGCCUUCGCUGCGGGACUUUGACCUGAAGGUGGUACAACGUCGCUUGCGCCUGAUCGGCGCGGCCACCCACAGCCUGCCAAACAAGAGGCGCCUGCUUUUGAGCCUUGUGUUGCCCCUGUUCACCUGGGCUGGUGGUCACGCUUUUGUCGGCGAGGAGGCCUUGACUGCAGUGCUGAGUGCCUUUCGCCAUGCCAUCUUCAAGGACUUGGCAGUGGAUGCGCCGUUUGUCUUGGGCUAUGAGGCGGCCCGGUUGCAGGUUUCCCCGCCUGUCUGGAUCGAGGAGGAGAGUGUCGACUUUGCGGCGAAGCGGUGGCUGGAGCUCCUGCCUGGUGCCAGGCUUUUGCUUGACGAGCUGCAGUGGUGGUCUGCUGAGCGUGGUCGGUUCAUAUGCCGACGUGACUCCUACGGUGUGGAACGGCGGUUCGAGCUUGGCGUCGACUCCUUGGAGGUGCUCUUCGAGUGGCUUCGUGACGAAAGACGUCGUGCGGGCCUGGCUGGCUGUGGUCGUGUUUUUCACUCCUUGCAUCGGCCCGAUCCUCUGGAUGAGCUCGCUGGAGGUUUGACGUUGCCGGCGCCCCCGCGAGGCUCCUUGUGCCUCUUUGCAGGGCAUCGCCAGAUGUUUGCUCGUGCUGCUGAUGCCAUCGACAGAGCUUCAGCUAUGGCGACGGGGUGUUCUACGUGGCACAAGGCCAAGCGCAACUCUGGUCGUGGUUCUCGAGGUGCUGACCGUGCUGCUCCGAGCUCUGCUGAGGUGUGCUUGUGCGGCCGAAAGUUGCCUUCUCGUCCUCACUUGGCUUGGGCUUGUGAGGCUACGGCUCCCUUCAGGGCGAAUGUUCCGCCCCCUGUGAAUCGGGCGGAGGAGCGGCUUUUCUCGCGUGUUGUUCCUGAACUUCCUCGACCACCUGACGUGCUCGACCCAGUGGACGUCUACGAGGACAUUGCGGCGGUGCUCGACGGCUUGCUUCAGUCGGAGAGCUCUUUGACAGUGGCAGUCGACGGCAGCACUUGCUGCUCCUUGGCUGCGUGGGCUGUCUCCUUUGCUGAUCGCUCCUUUUCGCUGGGCGUGCAGGGCGAGGACCAGUCUUCUUUUCGGGCGGAGAUUGAGGCUCUUUGGGCAUUGCUUCGUAGUCUGCAGCUUUGCUCCGGAUCGGGAGUCAUACAUGUUGUGUGCGACUGCCAGUCUGCCAUCACGGUUGCUCUUGGUGGAGGUCAGCUUGCAGGACUUAGCCGGCGCUUUGUUGCUUUCAGGAGAGAGCUGGAGCAGCGCUUCACCAUUCACUUGUGGUGGACGCCUUCGCAUGGGAAGGUUGCUCCUUCAAUGUGGCGGCCGCCUCCUUGCGGCGAAGUUGUGGCGAGAGCGCUCAACGCCAAAGCUGAUGCUGCGGCGCGCUCCUGUGCUGGUGCGCGUGCCAAUGGGUCACUGCGCAAAACUGUGAUGGAGCAGCGCGAGGCGGCGCUGUCUUGGGAAGUGAAGGCGCUGACCGCCCUGAACAAGGCGGCACGUGCCUGGGCUGUAGUGCCAAAGGACGCACAUGGAAGGUCCAGAUUGCACUGCGACGAGUGGAAGAAUCUGGAAGGCACGCCGGAGAGGUCGGCAGAGGAGCCAAAGGAGCCGUUCCAGCUGCCAAAUGUUCUUCGGCUCCUCGCCGAAGCAGAAGCUUUGGCCACUCGCACGGCCCUGGCGCUGGCGGAGAGCCGCGAGGUGGCCGAAAAGGGUAUCGUUCCCGUGGAGGAGAGCAGCGCGCCGUUUCCGGAAGCUGCCUCUGAGACUUGA